CGGCUGUGUUCAAGACUCCUGUAUGCACUGAAUAGGAAAUGCCGACACUGCGCUUUCUCGCUCCAUCGGUCAUCAUCAGUAUGGCGAACAGCAACAGUGGCACAGAUGUCCAGUCUGAAUUCAAGGUCGUAUCAAUCCUCGACACCGACUUGUACAAGUUCACGAUGCAACAGGCUAUAUUCGAAUACCAUCCUACUGCACAAGCUGUAUACCGUUUCACGCAUCGCGAUAAGCACCGCCAAUUCUCUAGAGCAUGCAUAGAGAAAUUUCAAGAAUCAUUGAACAGUUUCGCCGAGGUGCAGCUAACGCAUGAUGAACGCGCCUGGUUACAGGAUACAUGCAAGUAUUUCAAGCCUGCUUACCUCGAUUAUCUUCAGUCUUACAGGUUCAAACCCGAACAAAUCUCUGUCAACUUUGUCCCGUCUUCUGAUGACCCCGACCUGGGCAGCGUCAAGAUCGAAGCGAGAGGGACGUGGCUUGAAACAGUUUUGUGGGAAGUGCCGCUCAUGUCGUGCCUUUGUGAGAUGUACUUUCGAUAUGCGGAACAAGACUGGGAUUAUACUGGCCAAGAAGAACAAGCCACACAUAAAGCUACAUGUCUUUUAGAGGCGCGAUGUACGUUCAGUGAAUUCGGGACGCGUCGCAGGCGGUCUUUCGCCACGCAAGAUUUGGUCGUCAAAGGGAUCGUCAAUGCGAGGGAUGCGCAUAAGUGGAAGGAUGGUUUCUUUGGAACUAGUAAUGUCUACUUCGCCAUGCGCUACAAUCUCAACGUAAUAGGCACGAUCGCUCACGAGUGGUUCAUGGGUAUCGCGGCGCUAUGCGAUUACAAAGAUGCUGCCGGGACAGCGUUAGACCUUUGGUCAAAACUUUACGGGGAAAAUCUUUCCGUCACGCUUACGGAUACCUUUUCCACUGAAGUGUUUUAUCGGGAAUUCGACAAUAGACGGGCCAAUCAAUGGAAAGCUCUGCGUCAAGACUCAGGAGACCCAAAAGUCUUCGCGCCCAGGGCUAAACAGAUGUAUGAAGAGCUCGGGAUCGAUUACACGCAGAAAGCUAUCAUUUUUAGCGACGGUUUGGAUUUCAGGAAGGCGAAGGAGUUGAAUGAGCAGUGUCAGUUGUUGGGAUUCAAGUGCUCAUUUGGCAUUGGCACUUGGCUGACGAACGACUUCAAGAAGAAGAGCAGCGGGUAUACGGAACAGAGCAAGGCGUUGAAUAUAGUGAUUAAACUUGGGUCGAUUGAUGGGAAGGAGUGCGUCAAGAUCAGUGAUGAAAUCACCAAGAAUACCGGCGUUCCAGAAGUUGUGGCGAAGGUUAAGGAGACGUACCAAAUACCACUCUCGUAGCCGUAUUGUAGACCUGAUCAAUUGGUGUUCAAAGCUUACUGAUCAAGUGUUCUGGUGACUGUGUACUAUUAAGUAGAAUUACUGUCGCAUGUUAAACCAUCCACGUCAAAGAAACGUAACGAGGA